AUGUCAUGCUGGCGUGUCCUGCAGCUGUCCGACGAGGAUGCGGCUAUACCACAGCUUCUUAUCAAGACCCAAUUUGAUUCAUCCUCGUACACCGUCUUUCUUACGGAUCUCACCAACAUCUGGAGCGAAGAACUGGACUUGCCCGGUAUCGUGCGUCGAGCUUCUGAGGUAGAGUCACCCAUCGAAGUAAGCGAGCGCGAUACUUCCCAGCUUGCUAUACUUUUUGAGAAUGUGCAAAAGUCGCUCAGUCACGGCAAAGAUAGCACUUCUGCCCUAUCAAGAGAUAAGCUGGACAAUGUAACACUGCACACCAUUAUCAGCCUCCCAGAGCCUCUGGACUCGUUGAUCUGGAAAUUCCAUUUCACCAAGGGAACUGCGGCCGCCUUGAAGAAUGAGCUUAUCCUUCCACUGCUGAUAUCUUCCCACGUGCAGCAUGUACGCAUCUCUCGUCUGUUGUCCAUGAUAUCUGAUAAAGAUCAAGCCAUCACCCGGCUUAUUGAUCAGUACGAAUCCAGCAACCUAGAUCUCGCUGUGGCCUUCCCAAAAAUCGGUAACGCAAAGUCAGGCAAGAGGAUAGUGAGGCGAGAGCAAGCAGCGCGACACAUUCCCGGACUUCAAACCUUCGACCUAGAUAUAUGGAAAAGAGACACAGCAGAAAUGGUAGACACUGAUGUCUCCACGCUGGGCUUGUUCCAGGAGGCGCUAUCCGAGUGUACCCCUAUAAUACCACCAAAGCUGAAAUCACACGACGAUGGUGAGGUUGACUGGUGGAACGACCUGGAGACUUCUGCUAGUGUGUCCAAACGAGCUGCAACAACGCGGGCGAAAUCUCAGCCGAAGCGAGCACCUAUUCCUGCACGAUCUGCGGUCGCGGACUCCGAGACAGAGGAGGAGGAGACCGAAGAUGAAUUUGAGACGCAUGAGAACUUCAAGACACGGGACUUGAUUAAGAAGUCAGAGCUUCCUGCGACACUGGACAAUGCACCCCAGGACAAUGACAGAACAAAUGAUGUCGCCAUGAUCGUUGAUGAAGAAGAUGAAGAUGAUGAAGAUGAUGAAGAUUUGGAUGCACCUCCGAAGGUGUACAGCCAGAGUCAAAAAUCUCCUUCGAGAAGAAAAAUGUCAUCACCAGAGGUUUCAGCGUCUAAGGUAGCUUUGCCAGUGCGAUUAGAUUCGCCACCAGCAAAGCCCAAGGCCAAAGGAUUCAAGAUUGGUGGAAAAUCCAAGAAAAUAGAGUCCCCUCCUGUGGUGUCAGAAGGAGACAUAUCGACAUCUCAGCCACAGAACGAGGGCAUUCCAACCCGAUCAAGGGUCGACGAAGGGGGCAUUGGCAACAAGUCUGUGAAAAGAGGAUUCAAGAUUGGAGGAAGCGCCAAACCAAAAAAACCAAUAGCCAUUGAAGAAGCUGCGUCCUCUGAAGGGUCGAGAGUGAGACGGGACACGUUGGCAAUCGCGCAAAGCCCUUCAGUCGAACCUUCGGCCUCGGCUACAAUAAAGGUUGAGACGCAAAAUCUGCCUGUUGAGGAAGAGCGGGAAGAGACUGAGGAAGAGAAGGUCGAGAGGAAGAGGCGAGAGUUGAAGCGCAAGAACGAAGAGCUUGCGAAAAAGCAAGCUCAAAGUAAGAAGAAAAAGAGGUUCUAG